CUGGAGAUGCUGACGAUCCACCAAGAAUUACUCAAAACCCAGUCAUCAAUGGGAAUGUGGCAAUGGCUGAUGGCCACAACAAUACAGAAGAAGACAUGGAGGAUGACACAAGCUGGCGAUCGGAGGCGACCUUUCAGUUUACUGUUGAACGUUUCAGCAGGCUGAGUGAAUCAGUCCUGAGCCCUCCCUGCUUUGUGCGAAACCUCCCGUGGAAGAUCAUGGUGAUGCCACGGCUCUAUCCGGACCGGCCGCAUCAGAAAAGCGUGGGGUUCUUCCUUCAGUGCAAUGCAGAGUCUGAUUCCACGUCAUGGUCUUGUCACGCCCAAGCGGUGCUCAAGAUCAUAAAUUAUAAAGACGAUGAUAAAUCCUUCAGCCGACGGAUCAGCCAUUUGUUCUUUCAUAAGGAAAAUGACUGGGGUUUUUCCAACUUCAUGUCCUGGAGUGAAGUUACAGUUCCAGAUAAAGGCUAUAUAGAAGAUGAUAAAGUAACUUUUGAAGUGUAUGUUCAAGCUGAUGCUCCACAUGGUGUAGCGUGGGAUUCCAAGAAGCAUACAGGCUACGUGGGGCUGAAGAACCAAGGAGCAACCUGCUAUAUGAACAGCUUAUUACAGACAUUAUUUUUCACAAACCAGCUACGAAAGGCAGUGUACAAGAUUCCAUCGGAGGGAGACGACUCGUCCAAGAGCGUCCCUUUAGCGUUGCAAAGAGUCUUCUACGAGCUUCAGCACAGCGACAAGCCUGUCGGCACGAAGAAGCUCACCAAAUCUUUUGGAUGGGAGACUUUAGACAGCUUCAUGCAACAUGACGUUCAGGAGCUAUGUCGAGUGUUGCUCGAUAAUGUUGAAAAUAAAAUGAAAGGCACCUGUGUAGAGGGCACGAUUCCUAAAUUAUUCAGGGGGAAAAUGGUGUCUUACAUCCAGUGCAAACACGUAGACUAUCGGUCUGAACGGAUAGAAGAUUAUUAUGAUAUCCAACUCAGCAUAAAGGGAAAGAAGAACAUCUUUGAGUCUUUCAUUGACUACGUGGCAGUGGAGCAGCUGGAUGGGGAUAAUAAAUAUGACGCAGGAGAACAUGGCUUGCAGGAAGCUGAAAAGGGUGUGAAAUUCCUCACGUUGCCUCCCGUGUUGCAUCUGCAGCUCAUGAGGUUCAUGUAUGACCCCCAAACUGACCAGAACAUCAAGAUAAACGAUAGGUUUGAGUUUCCGGAUCAGUUGCCUCUUGACGAAUUUUUGCAAAAAACCGAGCCAAAAGAUCCCGCAAACUACAUACUUCACGCAGUACUCGUUCACAGUGGAGAUAACCACGGUGGGCAUUACGUCGUUUACUUGAACCCGAAAGGGGAUGGAAAAUGGUGUAAAUUUGAUGAUGACGUUGUAUCUAGAUGUACAAAAGAAGAAGCAAUUGAGCAUAACUAUGGAGGCCACGAUGAUGACUUAUCUGUACGGCACUGUACUAACGCGUAUAUGUUGGUUUAUAUCAGGGAGUCAAAAUUAAGUGAAGUUUUGCAGGCAGUGACGGAUCACGAUAUUCCUCAGCAACUGGUGGAACGGCUUCAGGAAGAGAAAAGAAUAGAGGCUCAGAAGAGGAAAGAGAGACAAGAAGCCCACCUCUACAUGCAAGUGCAGAUAGUCACAGAGGACCAGUUCUGUGGCCAUCAAGGCAACGACAUGUAUGAUGAAGAAAAAGUAAAAUACACUGUGUUCAAAGUGUUGAAGAACUCAACGCUUGCGGAAUUUGUUCAGAACCUUUCUCAGACAAUGGGCUUUCCGCAAGAUCAGAUACGAUUGUGGCCAAUGCAAGCCCGAAGUAACGGGACGAAAAGGCCGGCUAUGUUAGACAAUGAAGCUGAUGGCAAUAAAACUAUGAUAGAGCUGAGCGACAAUGAAAAUCCAUGGACAAUAUUCCUGGAAACAGUAGAUCCCGAGAUGGCUGCUACGGGGGCAACGUUACCCAAGUUUGACAAAGAUCACGACGUAAUGCUAUUUCUGAAGAUGUACGAUCCAAAGACACGGAGCUUGAAUUACUGUGGACAUAUCUACACACCUAUAUCCUGCAAAAUACGUGACUUGCUGCCAGUUAUGUGUGAAAGAGCAGGAUUUCCCCAAGACUCUAAUCUUAUCCUCUAUGAGGAAGUUAAACCGAAUUUAACAGAGAGAAUCCAAGACUACGACGUUUCCCUCGACAAAGCUCUCGAUGAACUGAUGGACGGAGACAUCAUUGUGUUUCAAAAGGAUGACCCCGAGAACGACAACAGCGAGCUCCCGACGGCGAAAGAGUACUUCCGAGACCUGUACCACCGCGUCGAUGUCAUCUUCUGCGACAAAACGAUCCCCAAUGAUCCUGGUUUUGUCGUCACCUUGUCCAACAGGAUGAACUAUUUUCAGGUUGCAAAGACAGUCGCCCAAAGACUUAAUACGGACCCUAUGCUACUGCAGUUUUUUAAGUCUCAAGGUUACAGAGAUGGUCCAGGUAACCCUCUUAGACAUAAUUAUGAUGGAACUUUAAGAGACCUCCUGCAGUUCUUCAAGCCUAGACAGCCUAAGAAACUUUAUUAUCAGCAGCUUAAAAUGAAAAUCACAGACUUUGAAAACAGAAGAAGUUUUAAGUGCAUAUGGUUAAACAGUCAGUUUAGGGAAGAGGAAAUAACACUAUAUCCAGAUAAGCAUGGAUGUGUACGGGACUUAUUAGAAGAAUGUAAAAAAGCUGUAGAACUCUCUGAGAGAGGCUCAGGGAAAUUAAGGCUGCUAGAAAUUGUAAGUUACAAAAUAAUCGGUGUCCAUCAGGAAGAUGAAUUAUUAGAGUGUUUAUCGCCAGCAACAAGUCGGACGUUUCGAAUAGAGGAAAUCCCACUGGACCAGGUAGAUCUAGAUAAGGAGAAUGAGAUGCUAAUCACGGUGGCUCAUUUCCAGAAAGAGGUUUUUGGGACGUUUGGCACUCCGUUCUUGCUAAGGAUACACCAGGGCGAACACUUCCGAGAGGUGAUGAAAAGGAUUCAGGCCGUGCUGGACAUCCAGGAAAAGGAGUUUGAAAAGUUUAAGUUUGCCAUUGUUAUGAUGGGCCGACACCAGUAUAUAAAUGAAGAUGAAUACGAAGUGAACUUGAAAGAUUUUGAGCCCCAACCCGGCAACAUGUCUCAACCCAGGCCAUGGCUAGGGCUCGACCAUUUCAACAAAGCCCCAAAGAGAAGCCGCUAUACGUACCUUGAAAAAGCUAUUAAAAUCCAUAACUGACUUUCCCUCUCCUGUUUGUUCGAGGCGAAAGGGGGCAACCGAUAAAUGUGUGGGUGUGGGCGUGUAUGUGUGUUGGGUGUGUGUGGGUGUGGGUGUGUGGCGCGCGCACCUUUUUAACAACCGUAGGACUUUUGGUACACGUACACUCGAUCAGAAGUCUCCAGCAAGAGGAUUUGCUGCUGAUUUGAUUAAUUUUAUUUUGAGGCUGUUCCGUUUGGCUUCUCUGUAUCUAUUAUUGACUGCCCCCCCUUUUUUUUCUGAGCAAAAAGAAAAAAAUAAUAAUGAAGGUGUUUUAUAUAUAAAAAAAAAGCUUGGGUGCCAAUGAGAGUUUUUAUGGGGAAAUGUAAACGAGGAGAGAUUGUCGGCGUCAGAAGGGAAGGAUGGACUUAAGGACCGUCAACUUUGGCAACAUAUUUGUCUGUAGUACCUUUAAGUGGGCAGCCUCCGCAGGCCACCCUCCCCUCCCCUCCCUCCCCUUCCCUUCCCUUCCCUUCUUUCUCUUCCCAGAUACGUGGUUCCUGCCAUCACUGCAGCUAGUUGGCACUAUGGUUAGGCUCACGUUCAAUUUAUUUCCUUCAGUUAUAUACUUUAAAUGGCAUUUUUGUGCAUUUGUAAAUGCAAAGAGAAACUCACAUCAUCAAUAAAUAGCAAUCUACUUCAU